AUGUCAAGAAGUGAAAGUGUAGACCCGGGAAAACUCCAAGAGGGGCAGUAUGGGGAUUGGCUCAAAGUGGCAGAAAAUUUCUUUUUCAAAUCUAAGACUGCUCCCUCUCCAUCCCAACGAGAAACCCCAACCUCUAGCCCAUCCUACCACAAUGAUGAAGCUUCACCUGGUCUAAACUCUGGAAGUGGCUCUAAAGCUUCUAACAGUGCCCACCAAAAUAAACUCACCAAAUCCCCUCUAGCUCAGAUACCAGAAUCAUCUACCCCUACACCCAUCCAUCAACAUGACUUAGCAUUAUCUGCCCCACUACCACCCCCUCCAAUCAUUACCUCUAGAAAUCAAAAGCAACCUGCCCUUACCAAGAUACCCCCUACCCACCUGAUAGAAUCAGUUCACCUGGAUCCUAUCCUUCUUCUAACAAACCAAGACAUUGAUUUGCAUCUAGCUGGUCUUCCAAUUCCCCCGGAAGCUCAUACCCAGAAUAUGGAGUUGGAGACAGUAAUGCCUCAAAAGCUGGCCCCUGAAGCAAAUGUGAGUAAGCAAAGGAAAAAAUGGACCAGGAAGACUCCAGCUUCCUCUAAA